GACGUCACCCGGUGCUUUCCCUUGUGGUGGCCGUGACGGCGCAUGCGUAGACUCUACCUUGAUUUUGACGGAUAGGCGCUUGUCCAAUCAGGUUCAGUGUUUGGGGGGGGCCGGUCCGGACCACGGAAAUGUUUUUUGAGCGACAAAGGUUUCGUGCAAUCGGGUUCUGCUUAGUACACGACUUGUGCAGAUUGAUGGUACAGGUGUGCAAUCGGCUUUCUAUGCUUGUCAUUUUCUGUUUAGUUGCCACUUGUCUGUCCUAUUGCUGUGUGGAGACGGGGAGGGAGCAGCGUUACUAAGGCCAGUCUUGUGUCAGGUAUAAGGGAAUAACAGUAUGGUGCCUUAACGGUGGUUUGUUUACCUAGUGAAGGAAAUGACUUCGAAGAAAGAACAACUCUUAUCUACAUUUACUUGUACAAAACCUACUCUGCUAUUUUUUUAUUUUUACUCUGGGCUUGGCAUGUAAAUAGUCUAUGUACUGAUGUGCCAUUGUUACAAAUGGAAAGGGAGUUUCACUUUGGGAACGUGAGCAUAUCCCUAGUGCUCAUGUUGUUUUUGAGGGCUCUGACUGGGACGUCUCCAACUCUAAGCUUUACCUCCGGGAGAGAGCCUCAAACCGCAGCCGCUCUGGGGUCACACAGAGCCGGGGAAGAUGGAAACGAAGGGGUGUUGGUGGAACGGGGCUUGGAAAGUAUCGGCGGUCCUCUUCCGGGUGUUAUCGGAGACGUGACCGUGGAGGAUCAUGAUGAUGAGAGCGGGGCGACCGGGAACGGAGAGGAGUCGUACGGAGAAAGUGACGGAAACAGACCGAAACGCUCUCUGGUGAUCAUCAGUACUCUGGACGGUCGUAUCUCAGCUCUAGACCCCUACAACCAGGGACGCAAACAGUGGGACCUAGACGUAGGGUCAGGAUGUCUGGUCUCAUCCAGCCUCAGCAAACCAGAGGUGUUUGGUAAUAAGAUGUUCAUCCCAUCAUUGGACGGAGAGUUGUUCCAGUGGAAUAGAGACAGAGAGAGCAUGGAAGCUGUUCCCUUCAGUGUCGAGUCUCUCCUGGAGUCGUCCUUUCGCAUCGGGGAAGACACGGUCCUGGUGGGGGGAAAGAGUCUCACGAGCUACGGUCUGGGAGCCUACAGCGGCAAGCUGAGGUAUAUCUGCUCAGCAGUUGGCUGUAGCCGCUGGGGGGAGGAGGAAACAGAGCCUGAGGAUGUGUUGCUGCUGCAGAGAACCCAGAAGACCGUCAGGGCCGUGCGACCACGCUCCGGCUUGGAGAAGUGGAACUUCAGUGUGGGGAGCUUUGAGCUGAGGUUUGUUCCCGACAAACAGCUGACCAGCAACUUCCUGGAGGGAGAGAUGGCGAGCGGCGAGGCCAUGUGGAAGGAGGAGCGGAGGACCAGCGGGCAGAAGGUUAUCAUGGAGGAGACCACAGACAACCACAGACACACAACCACAGACACGCACACUGACACACCUGGGUCUGGGACUCCAGACCUAGUCAUCAAGGUGUCUGUUCCUGACUGGAAGGUGAUGGCCUUCAGCACCCAGCCUGGAGGAAAGCUGGUCUGGGAACAGCAGUUCUGCACGCCCAUAGCCUCUGCCUGGUUGGUUGGAGGGGGGAAGGUAACGCCUAUCAGCCUGUUUGAUGACACACCCUACAGCAGUCGUCCCGACGCGGAGGAGCAGCAGGAGGAGGAGGACGAGGACAUUAUGGAGGCGGCUCGGGGAGCUACUGAGUCCAGCGUAUACCUGGGUAUGUAUCAGGGCCAGCUGUACCUGCAGUCGUCCGUCAAGAUCUCAGAAAGGUUCCCAUCUAAAGCCCUAAACGGGCCCGGUCCGGACCCGGACACCGUCCCUACCAUCAGAUGGAAACCUCUCAUACAUUCUCCAUCUCGGACUCCUGUUCUGGUUGGUUCUGAUGAGUUUGACAAAUGUCUGAUCAACGACAAGUUCUCUCAUGAAGAAUACAGCAACGGAGCUCUGUCAGUCCUGCAGUACCCGUAUGACAACGGGUACUACUACCAAUACAGUAGGCGUUACCGUGGGCGACGCGGCGUGGCGGAGGUGUCUCUGCUGAAGGAUGGUGGUGCAGCGGUGAACAGGAGGAGGAAGGAUCCGGUCCUGUUACUGCCCUGGUGGAAAGAGAUUCUAGGGACCAUGGUGUUCUGUAUCGCUGCCACCACCUAUAUAGUCAGGAAGUUCUUCCAACCCCCCGCCCCGGUGGAGUACAUACGGCAACGCAAGGAGUCGGAGACUCAGUGUCAGACAGACAGCAAGUAUGACCUUGAGGUGGCCGAACCCAAAGAGACGGUUGUCAUGGAGACCCGCCCCAGUGAAUAUGUAUCCAGGUACCUGACAGACUUUGAGCCGGUACAGUGUCUGGGUCGAGGAGGGUUUGGCGUCGUGUUUGAGGCUCGGAACCAGGUGGACGACUGCAACUAUGCUAUCAAGAGGAUCCGGCUUCCCAACAGAGAGCUGGCCAGGGAGAAGGUGAUGAGAGAGGUGAAGGCUCUGGCCAAGCUGGAACACCCAGGGAUCAUCCGUUACUUCAACGCCUGGCAGGAGAGCCCUCCAGAGGGCUGGCAGGAGGGACAGGACCAGCGCUGGCUGGAGGAGAGCACUACCGACUGGCCUCUGAGCUCCCCCGACCACAUGGAGGCGCUGUCUGUCAAAGUGCCCAUCUCGUCUGUCUCCAGCCCUGUGAGUUCUGCGUCUGGGCUGGGCGGGGCCCUCAUGACUGACCACGACCAAUCCAUGCUCUCCAGAUCCGCAGGCGGGGCCAUGGGAUUUGGCUGUGGGGCUAUGGACUUCAGAGUCGGGACUGACAUCCCCUUCCCCCUGCUGAUUGGUCAGGACAGUAUGAUGUCAGAGCUGGAUAGCCAACCAGAUGCAGAGGCCUCGACUUCAGACACUCCCCACUCCUUUGAGCUAUGCCCCCCCCGCGGCCCCAGCGACUGCACCUCGUCCUCCUUUGACAUUGUGUUCGAGGACUCGGGCUGCGACCGUGACGCCGACCCUGACCCUGAGGUCAUGAUCCCCUCAGAAGCCUCCGGAUUUGCCAGUACCCCGCUCACUGAGAAGGCUAGCUCCUCCUCCUCCCACACCAGAAGAACCGACCCUUUCCCCGUACCCGUCCCACCCUCCUCCCCCUCCAUCCCUCCCUCCUCCUCUCCUCCACGCCCCACCUCCCUCUCCCUCUGCCUGGCCCCAAGCCCCUCCCGGAUCCCCCCAACUCUGCGGCCCCAACCCUCUCCUAAAGUCUACCUGUACAUUCAGAUGCAGCUGUGUCGUAAAGACACCUUGAAGGAUUGGAUGUCUCAGAGAUGUCUGCCUGAACACAGGGAACAUUCUCAGUGUCUGGGCAUAUUUCUGCAGAUCUCUGAAGCCGUUCACUUCCUCCACAGCAAGGGCCUGAUGCACAGAGACCUCAAGCCCUCCAAUAUCUUCUUCACAGUAGAUGAUGUGGUGAAGGUUGGAGACUUUGGUCUGGUGACAGCCAUGGACCAGGAAGAGGAUGAGGAUGAUUCAGGACCCCUAACUCCCAUGCCCAGCUACGCCCGUCACACUGGACAAGUCGGCACCAAACUAUACAUGAGCCCAGAGCAGUUGUCUGGUGACUUGUACUCUCACAAAGUGGAUAUCUACUCUCUGGGUCUGAUCCUGUUUGAGCUGCUCUGUCCCUUCAGGACACAGAUGGAGAGAGUCAGGACUCUGACUGAAGUCCGAGGGCUGCAGUUUCCUGCUGUCUUCUCCAAGAACAACGUCCAGGAGCUGGGCAUGGUCCGUAGUAUGUUGUCCCUUAACCCGGCGGAGCGUCCUGAGGCUGCUGACAUCACGGAGGAGCCUCUGUUUCAGGAACUGGAAGUCCCGUGUCGCCUGGCGGUCCGACAACGAUCCCGGACAUACAGCGCCUCGUCAGCCGGAUGGCCUGCACGCACCUCUAUAACCUCUUCCUGAACACACACACACACACACACACACACACACGAACGCAACACACACACGCAACGCACACACACACACACACGCACACAACACACACGCAACACACACGCUACACACACACAACACACACGCUACACACACACAACACACACGCAACACGCACACACACACACACGAUACACACACACAUGCCAGUCACCCCUGUUCCCACAUUCUCAGUCUAAUGCCAGACAGAACCUCCUCCCUCUUACACAGCACCAAAGAGACCCUGUUGGACAUCUCUCUCACAUUGUUCCCAUCAGUAACCCUACUACAGUAACCGUACUCUCCCACAGUGUUUGUUCAUUCAAUCUCUCCCUCCUGCUGAGCCCUGCUGAACCCUGUACCUUAUCAACCAUAUCUAGAUGACACCUUGUUCUAACAUGAACUGUCCUUAACAACUGGUAACUAGUACUGACAACUAGUACUGAACUAGUGCUGAGAACUGGAGGCUGAGACAGACAUGCCUGACUUGGGAGAAAAACAUUUUUCCUGCUAGUUCUGUUUAAGAUGAUUUAAAUGUAUUGCUUUAGGCCUUAGGAGGUUUGUUGGGUGUUAACUGCCUUGGUGUUUGUGCAUCUGAUAUCUGACCUGCCUUGGACCAGGAGACCUGCUCUGCCCUCCACUGGAAUGAAUUAAUGAAUGGUGCUGGGGAAUGUUUCUACAGCAUGAUGGGGAUCACAGGGCUAAGAAUUCCUCAAGCUUUCUUUUUUGUUUGUUUGUUGUAAAUGCAGAAAGUCAACUCCGUUUAAGUUGCUAGCCAGAGCAGGACAACGAUUUUCCAAAAUGUUCUCCCUGCCAAUGUUGUAAAUAAGUAAACAAAACAAUUCAAAUGAUUGUAUGUUGUGAAAAGAUGCGGUGUGGUCACACCUGUGUAUAUAUACUGACUGAGACUGUAAUACGGUUCCAUCGCUUUGUAAAUGGCACUGACAGAGUGAAGCAUUAUGAUAUCCGAUGAAGGGAGAGAGAGGAUAGCUGCACUUGGAUCGCUAGCUGAAUGUGAUCUGGUCUCCCGGAGGAUACUGUGUCAUAGACAUGGUUCUUUCUAUCUAAGAAAUAGAAGUGAGAGUGGUUGUAUUUCUAAGUUGACUGUCACCUAUAGGGGCCAGAUUCAGUCCGAUCACGUUUGGGUCCUCUCUGCACGUUUUAAAGGCAAUAUUCCCAUGUUUGCGUAGACCACAUUCACGGAAAACGCUCCGUAUGUUUGGUUUUCCCACCUUAUAUUUAACGGCCAGUUGAGAACAGGUUCUCAUCUACAUGUCAUCUCAUGUUGGCUUGAUUAGAACUUGCCUUUAAAUGUCAAUUGCUCUAUAAGGUGGCUCUUCCUCGGUCUGUGUUUCAUUUAGGCCCUGAACAAGAAUGAACUGAUUCUAAGUUGAGGAGGACCUCCCAAUAACAUGUUGGACCUUUCAUUAUGUGAUAAACACCAUGUUUUCUCCUCUGGACAGGAGAGCAGUGCUUUAGAAAAGUCUUAUCAAGUCCUUGUUACUCUUAUCACUGAUAAUUGUAAUGUACUAUAAUUAUUGUUUUAUCAAUUGUACUUUUUCUAAUGAUUUUUGAAAGGCUUUUUUCAUAUAAUCCUGCAAUCUUUUUUGAUUACUGUAAAGUUUUUGAUUACUGUAAAGUUUUUGACUGGAUAAGCUGAUAAAUUUACAGCAGAUAUCUGGUUCUGUUGAGUAGAGAUGAGAGAAGAGAGUCUGCUGAGGUAGAGCUGGUUCUGUUGAGUAGAGAUGAGAGAGGAGAGUCUGCUGAGGUAGAGCUGGUUCUGUUGAGCAGAGAUGAGAGAGGAGAGUCUGCUGAGGUAGAGCUGGUUCUGUUGAGUAGAGAUGACAGAGUCUUCUGUUGAGUAGAGAGGAGAGUCUGCUGAGGUUUGGUCAAAAUAAAAUCACUUAUUUUUGAUUUUUUUUUAUAACCCAAACUGGGUUGAACCAAAUGGAACCAAUAAGGCUGAAACAACAGGGAGGGACCUCGCUGAAUUUGUCCAAUAAAAAAACCUCUGGUUUUCCAUUGCAAAAUGUUUUGCUACGGUGUGCACUAAUGAAUACACCCCUGGUUUAAAUGUUCAGACUAGAUCUUACAGUUUAUAAUCUUUUUCCUUUGACCUACUGUAUCCGAGUCCCAGCAAAGAGGGUUGUUUUAUUUGUAUUCAUGUUUUAUGGACUAUAUGAAGGAUUUACCGUUCUCUGACUUUGCCUUCAAACUCUGAGAACAUCUGCAGCAAGUACCUAAAUUGUAUUUCUGUCUGUCUGCAAUCAAGAGUAUCUAAGACCUUUAGAUAAUACUGUCAUCUCUGCUUUUAGUUCUAGAAGUAGUGUUAUAAAUGACAACUAUAGUUGAAUUAGUUUAUAAGAUAGUUAUCUAACGGAUAUUACGUUUUUCUGUCUCCUCCUCCCUUCUUCUCUCCUCCCUUCUUCUCUCCUCCCUUCUUCUCUCCUCCCUCCUUCUCUCCUCCCUCCUUCUCUCCUCCCUCCUUCUCUCCUCUCUUCUUCUCUCCUCUCU